AUCCCGCCAGUUGAACCCUCCCGAUUCAAAAUCAAGUCCCCAUUUUAUAUAAACUCUCAAUACCCAUCUCUUUUUCGCUCAAAACCCUAGGCCUUCGCUCCAAUUUUCCCAUCUCUUUCGCAAGAGAACCAAAAGAGAAGAAAAAAUAACUACUAAAAAAUGCUUGAGCUUAGGCUAGUUCAGGGUUCGCUUCUAAAGAAAGUCUUGGAAGCGAUUAAGGACUUGGUCAACGAUGCCAACUUCGACUGUUCGGCGACGGGGUUUUCUCUGCAGGCCAUGGAUUCGAGUCAUGUUGCGCUGGUGGCCCUGUUGCUGAGAUCGGAAGGGUUCGAGCACUAUCGCUGCGACAGGAACAUUUCCAUGGGGAUGAAUCUCGGUAACAUGUCCAAGAUGCUGAAAUGUGCCGGAAAUGAUGACAUCAUCACAAUCAAGGCUGAUGAUGGCAGCGACACUGUUACUUUCAUGUUCGAGAGCCCCACCCAAGACAAGAUAUCAGAUUUUGAGAUGAAGCUGAUGGAUAUUGAUAGUGAACACCUUGGGAUCCCAGAAGCAGAGUACCAUGCUAUUGUUAGGAUGCCUUCAGCUGAAUUUGCAAGGAUUUGCAAAGAUCUUGCAAGCAUUGGUGACACCGUUGUUAUCUCUGUUACCAAGGAAGGUGUGAAGUUUUCCACAAGGGGUGAUAUCGGAACUGCAAAUAUUGUUCUUAGGCAGAAUACCACUGUAGAUAAACCUGAAGAAGCAACAAUUAUAGAGAUGAAUGAGCCAGUAUCAUUGACAUUUGCAUUGAGGUACAUGAAUUCAUUUACAAAGGCUACUCCAUUGUCAAACACAGUGACAAUCAGCUUGUCAUCAGAGCUUCCUGUUGUGGUCGAGUAUAAGAUAGCUGAGAUGGGUUAUGUUAGGUUCUACUUGGCACCCAAGAUUGAAGAAGAUGAGGAUGAGACUAAGCCACAAGUUUAACUUUGAAUUUGGGAUGGAUUUUGUUUCCUUUUUGACUACAAUAUGUGUUUGAUUGUCAUUAAUGUUUAAGGCUUUCAACAAGUUGCCAAGCAUAUUAAGUUUGUUUAGAUUAGGUGGAUGAUUAACAUUUCUCUUUUGCUUGGAUUUUCCCAUAUUGUUAUAAAUUAUGUGUUCCAUUU